UGGUUGAAAUGACCAAAAACUUGUUUUAUUUUUCAGGAAGAACUAGAAGAAUUAGAAAAUGACCUUUCUGCUGAGCAGGAAAUGCUUCAGUCUCAAAAACAGCAGCAGGAGCGUGUUGCUUCUUCUGUAACAGGACAAAUGUUCUUGGAAAGCCAGGAGCUUCUCCGCCUAUUCGGCAUUCCGUACAUUGAAGCUCCUAUGGAAGCAGAGGCACAAUGUGCUAUAUUGGACCUCACUGAUCAGACCUCUGGAACAAUCACUGAUGAUAGUGAUGUUUGGUUAUUUGGUGCACGGCAUGUUUAUAAAAAUUUCUUCAGUCAAAACAAAUAUGUGGAAUACUACCAGUAUGUUGAUUUUCAAAACCAGCUGGGGUUAGAUCGAAGCAAGUUAAUUAAUUUGGCAUACUUGCUUGGAAGUGACUACACUGAAGGAAUCCCAAAUGUUGGCUUUGUAACAGCGAUGGAGAUCUUAAAUGAAUUUCCUGGGCAUGGAUUGGAACCUCUCCUAAAAUUCGCUGAGUGGUGGAACGAGGCUCAGAAGAAUAAGAAAAUCAGACCUAAUCCACGUGAUACCAGAGUCAAGAAGAAAUUGCGGGAGCUGCAGCUUUCUUCAGGUUUCCCAAAUCCAGCAGUGGCAGAAGCAUACCUGAAGCCUGUGGUGGAUGAGACAAGGGGCUCAUUCACCUGGGGGAAGCCUGAUGUAGAGCAGAUUAGAGAAUUCUGUAAAGAUCACUUUGGCUGGACUAGGACAAAGACAGAUGACAUCCUUUUGCCUGUGAUAAAACAGCUAAACUUGCAACAGACUCAGCUUCGAAUCGAUUCAUUCUUCAGAUUAGAACAACAUGAAAAACAAGCUAUUAAAAGUCAGAGACUACGUAGAGCUGUGAGUUGUCUAAAGAGAAAGGAAAAUGAUGAAAUUUCAGAGGCUACUGCUGUUAUGGAGAAAGAACUUAAUCAGCACAAGGGAAAGAAAGGGGGAAAUGCUUCAGGCUGCACAGAUCAUCAAGCCGUGGUGACAGAAAUCGAAAGUGGGAAGAAAAGAAGGCAUUCAGAUUCCAGAAAAGUACAUUUAUUUGGAGGUGGUUUUGUUGGGAGUUUGCAUCUUUCAGAAACUUCUAGUGACUCCUCAGCAGAAGAAUCAGAAAACAGAGAUUUAGACAAGAGCAAAAGAAGGAAAAUUGCCUCUAAAACAGAGACAGCAGACCACAAAAAGAGCUACAGUAGCUCAAGUAGUGAGGAUGAAGAAUUGGGAAACAUGAUUUUGGUGACUGCCAAACCUGUAUUUAAGGGCAGAAAACAAAAAUCACAGAGUAAGGGAGGAAGAAAAAAGAGGAGGUCUUAAAGGAAAGAAGUCAUGAAAAGACAGACUAUAUAAAUGGGCUUUAUUACUUAAACUCUGUAAGUAUUCUCAUUUUUUGGUAUAAAAACAAUAAAUUAUCCUUAUCAAUCA